CUUCCGUUAAAUAGUACGCACGUUGCUCUUACCUUUACGUCGCGACCCGUCAUACUUAGGUGAACAGGGUAGGCCCUAGUAAAUGCAGGAACGCCAUCUCACCUAAUCUGGAAGUGGAUACAUGUACCAAGGAAGGUACAGAUACCUCGCGCCUGCCUUAUACUACCUAUGUACCUUAUCUAGCAUCACUCGAGAGUUAAUCUAGCGUACGUACCUAGGUAAAUGGCUCCUUCACUAUUUCUAAGCCUUCAUUUAUUUCUCAUAUAAUUGCCUUCUUCAGUCAUCCUUCUCCAAAGAUUCCCCGUGGAUGGCAAAAUCUUCCUCGGAUUCAGUUACAUCAUCUUUGGCGCGCUUCCCAUCAAAAAGCCCAGAAUAAGAGUCAUUUAUUCACGCCAAGAUCCCAGUCGCUUCCGAGGAAACCUCGUUGUACGGCCGGGUCAAACGCGGACCAAAGCCGGUGUGGUUGAAGGAGUAAUAAGUGACAUUGGGCUGGGUCAACCUGGUAUCACGGUACAGGUCACAUCUCACGACACCAUUCCAUAUCACAACGUGGAAUCCAAGAAAUUUAGCGAGUGGCCUGUUUCUGUGGGUUUUAUGGAAAGAUCCGAACCCUGAACUCAGAACUUAUAUCAGGGUCCAAGGGGGGAGAGUUGGACAGACAAGAAAUUUAAGUGAGCAACCGAGAAGGAGGAAUCGAUAUGGCACCUCAAGGCAACAAGAACCAGUUAUUCCUGGGCUUAUUCAUACACAGCACUAGCCUGGGUGAACUCCAGUAUCUUCACAAUACCGCCAUCUGCGUGGAAAAGUCGGGCAAGAUCGUUGCUGUUGAACAAAAGUGCGACCAAAAGAAGGCCGAGGACACGAUAUAUCCUAAGUUAGGCUGGAAAGCUGAUGACGUCGUUGUUACUACUACGAAAGAUGGCCAAUUCUUCUUCCCGGGUUUUAUUGAUACUCAUAUUCAUGCACCACAAUACCCAAAUGUAGGCAUUUUUGGCAAGUCAACACUACUAGAUUGGCUCAACACCUACACAUUCCCCAUGGAAGCUUCUCUAUCCUCCCUCCCAAAAGCUCGUAGAGUAUACACACGAUGCGUCCGACGAGCCUUGGCCCACGGAACCACUACAGCCACUUACUACGCUACCAUCCAUGUUCCAUCCACCAAUCUUCUUGCCGACCUAUGCCUAUCUAUGGGCCAACGCGCAUUCAUAGGCCGUGUAUGUAUGGACGCCAUGGGUCCAGACUACUACCUCGAUGAGUCCGCCGCACAGUCUCUCAUCGCGACACAACAAACUAUCGACCACAUCCACAAAAUCGAUCCGGGAUAUACCCUCGUGAGUCCAAUAUUGACACCCCGCUUCGCGCCAUCCUGCUCCCGCAAAGCUAUGACAAGCCUUGGUAAACUACACGAGAAGACGGGAAUACCUAUUCAAACCCACAUUUCAGAGAACGUCGACGAAUUGAAGUUGGUAAAAGAUACUUUUCCUGAAUUUCCCCAUUAUACCGGUGUGUACGAUGCCCAUGGGUUACUAGGUACCAAAACAAUCUUAGCGCACGCCAUCCAUCUUUCGGAUGAAGAAGCGGAUCUUAUUGCGAAACGUGGCGCCGGAGUAUCCCAUUGUCCGUGUAGUAAUUCCGCCCUAACGAGCGGUGAAGCACGUGUCAGAUGGCUGCUUGAUAAGGGUAUUGGCGUGGGCCUUGGCACGGACGUCAGCGGCGGAUAUAGCAGCAGCGUACUCGAGGCGGCGCGGCAGGCAGCCUUGGUCUCAAAUCACUUGGUCAUGCCGAAGAAGGGCAACGAGUACAACGAAACUAACGGAAACAAGACUAUACAAAAAGCAAAAGGGACCGAGCGCGCUAGACUAAGCGUUGAAGAAGUUCUGCAUUUAGCGACACGCGGCGGGGCUUCGAUCGUUGGACUCGUGGACCGAAUCGGUGGUUUUGAGGUCGGCAUGGAGUGGGACGCGCAGCUUAUCGGCCUAGGGCUAGUCGACGAGACACCCGAAGAAGACGAUACCCUCGAUAGGGGAAACGUGGAUAUCUUCGGUUGGGAGAAGUGGGAGGAGCGUGUGGCAAAGUGGGUGUUCAAUGGAGAUGAUCGUAAUGUGAGGAAAGUCUGGGUGAGGGGACGGCUCGUGCAUGAGCGGAUAUGAAAUCGCGGUAAAUACCUAAGUACGAAGGAGGAAGGCGAUGAAUUUAGCUCCGUAAAUAAAGGGUGUGUGGUAGAGUACAUACUGACUUAGACGUAUUUAGUAUACAGCUCUUAAUAUUCAACCUGCGUAAACA